UCCAGCACCAGCAGUUUUAGUCAGAAAGUAUCACACCCAGAGCGAGGAACAAUGGGAAGUGCCAAUCAGAGGCAAACUUUGUUCUGGUUGGAUAUUUCCGGCGUCAAUCAAAAGAGGCCUGCCCUCGAUCUUGGAGUAUUAGUUAAAGAGCUGGGGACGAGCUUUCGGAGUAGUGAUAUUGCUGGUGAGGCGUUGGUGCGUGUUUCCAUCGUGGAGGCGAUCUGAACAGGUCUGCGACUUGCGGCAGCUUCUGUGUGGCUUGUGUCUGCUACAACAGGGUACCCAGUGGAGGAGCAAGUUGUUGGAGUUGGCAACUUCUGGAUUUCUCCAUUAACUUGUGGUAACAGGCCCUUCCGGCCCAAGGAGUCCGUGCCGCCCAUUUUAAACCCAAAUUAACCUACCCGUACGUCUUUGCAAUGUGGGAGGAAACCGGAGCACCCGGAGGAAACCCACGCAGACACGGGAGAAUGUACAAACUCCUUACAGACAGCGACGGGAAUCGAACACCGAUCGCUGGUGCUGUAAUAGCGUCGCACUAACCGCUGCGCUACCAUGCUGCCCCAAUUCCAAUGUGAAGAGAAACAUAAACUAACAAAAGUAUGUCCUUUGAAACUACUGAAACAGAAGAGAUGAUAACUUCUCUUCAUAUAAAAGUCUACCAUCCACAGGCGUCCGUGUUUAAGUCCCUGAAUUUCAAUGAGAAGCAGAAGUACCGAGCAGAAGAAUCGAUAAAGUUUGGCCGUGACUCCAGAGUAUGCCAUUUUCCUCUGUUGGACAAACGUGCUUCACGAAUUCAGUUUGAAAUACAAUCUUUCCGACACAACGACAGCUCAGAGCUCUGUUUUGAAAUCAAAAAUAUAAGCUUGAAGACGCGACUAAAUGUCAAUGGUGCAGUUUUGGAUCACCUCAAUAGGAUUGAUUUACCAAAGAAGUGUAUUUUACAGUUCAGUGAAUUCCAGUUCUAUCUUGAAAAAGACGAUGGGGAAGCCAGGGAACAUUUUGAGAUCGACCUUAAUCUUUCUCUUGUUCCAUUUUGUCAAGAGGCCAUAGUGGAGACUCUAUCUCAUCCUGUGGCUGAAAGUGGCAUUUUGAAUAUCCCAGUGACCCAGUGCCAAUUUCAGUCUGCAGUAGAAACUGAUGAAAAUGUAUUAGUGCCAUAAGAUUAUUAUAUGCUACGUAGUAUGGUGAACUUAUGGUAGGCUAUUCAUAUAUCAUGUAUGACUUGUGGGUUUAGCAAUUAAAUGCUACCAAUAAAUUCAAAAACAAAAUACUCCAGAUACUGGAUUCUGCAAUUAAAGCAGAAAGUACUGGAAAGCAGAUCAUAUGUGAAACUGGAACCUUUAUGUUUCAGGUUGAUGACCUUUCAUCUGAGCUGUUUUGUUUAUAGUAGCAAUGGAGUUAAUUACUUCAACUCCAUUGUUGCUGGUUUUGAAUUAGUAUUUUCUGCCUUUGUCAUCAGUACCCCUGUCAAUGAUGAGGCACUCUUAAUAUUGAUUAACCACCACUGAAAAACUUGUUUCCUGCUGGUGAAAUUAUUGUAUCUUCAUUUUAUCCCAUACAUUGUCAUGUACUGCCUAUACAAAUACAUAACAGAAAUUAUUUAGAAAUUGUGAUAACAUGAAGAAUUGUAACACUAGAGGCAAACUCACCACUUCUGAUAAUGCCAUUUCUUAACCAAACCAUUGUUUAAAUUUCCCAGCUACUAAUCUUUUAUUUGAGUUUCUGAAGAGAAAGCAAGAUCAGACUGUUGGAUGUUAUUCCUGUAAAUAAAUGCUUUCAUUUAGAUUUUUUAGAUGUUGCAUUGUAAUAGUUGUUGUAAUUGUAGUAGUAUAAUAAAUUGUUCCAGUGAACUUGAUGAGUUUCAAGAGAAGAUGGUCCCAGUGAGGUUAUAGUAUGGUAAAUGGAGCACUACUGUGUUUAAGGGGAACAUGGGAAAUAGAACAGAUGAUGGUGCAGGGGAGUUUAAAGAGAGGAGAGGAAAUUUGGCCCAAGUGUUGUUUAAAGGGAAUACUAGGAAACAUUGGCUAGUAAGCCAAAGACCAUCAGGAUUUUCAAAUAAUUGGAAAGUGGACUAUCAAUAUUUUACUGUAUUUGGAACAAUCAGAAUAUAAAAUGUUACCUUUAUUGAACAAAUAGUGGCAGCAAAUGUAAAAGUAACAAUAGCAAGGCUGUCAAUCCACUAUUUCUCUAAGACAGUAAAAAAGAUCUUUGCCAUACUUACCAAUUUUUCAGUUAACUGACAUUGACUCAGUAUUGCGAUCACAAUGAUUGCUAAACUACUGGUUUAACAUGGAAAUUCUAGAUUAUGAACUUGCAAAAUUAGGAAUGGGGGAGACCACUUCACCCAUCAAGCUGUCUUCACCAGUUAAUAAGAUCAUAGCUGAUCUGAUUACAACCUUAACUCUGCAUUCUUACCUACGUAUAAUAACAUUCCUCCUCCCCACCCUUGCUUAUCAAGUACCUCUCCAUCUCUGCCUUAAAAAAAAUCAAAAACUGCUGCCACCAUCCUUUGAGGAAGAGAUUUGCAAAGACUCGUAACCCUCUGAGAGAAAAAAAUAGCCUCACCUCUGUCUUGAAAAUCAACAAAAAACUACAGAUACUAGAAAUCUGAAAUAAAAGCAGAAGAUGCUGGAAACACUCGGUAGAUCAGGCAGCAUCUGUAUAAAGGGAAACAGAGUCAAUGGGUUGAAAUGCACGUAGAUUUAGGCAGUGGUUCUCUUCACAAGUCAGUGCAUUCCUGACAUCUGUGUCUGUACAUUGCAGCACAGGAAUUGGGAAUGAGCUGGAGAUGGAGAUCUUCUGACCUUCUGCUGGACUGCAGGAACGGAGCUUAGAGAGUUUAGUCAUACUGAGCUGAGGAGCCAGAUAUAUUUGCCCCUCUGCUUUAUGGCUGGUAUAUGUAGUGUGACUCCCCUGAUGUGGAUGGAAGAGGCAAUUGAAGAUAGGUUGUGUGUUUUUUUUAUUUUAAUUCAUAUUAAUGCCAAUAGUUCUGUUCCCAGUAUUUCCUUUUAUUGCGUUGAACACAUUGCUUAUUUUGUAUUUUUAUUAAGAUGACCCUGGUCCAUUUUUGGCUCAUUGCUUCGAAGUGAAGCUCAUCUAUAUUUAAAACUAAUUUUGAAUUCAGCUGCAUUAAUGUCACUUUUAGCUGGAUUUCCCCUAAAGUCAUUUUCUUGAAUAUUCAGGCUCAUAAAUUAUAAUUAAAUCAUACUGGUCCAAGGACGCAAUGUUCCAGAAAACUGUCAAGUAUAUUAUCAAAUAAAAGUUGCCACCUUUGAAACUCAACCUGCUCUGCUUCUCCCGAUCUAUGUGAAAAUUGAAGUGUCAGGAUAUAAUAAAGUACUUUUGCAGCAA